AUGGCCCCUGAUCCACUCAAGGGCAAUCAUCAUGAACCUCGCAAUCUCCUGACGGCACGGCGUCUCGGGAGGCUCCGGGAAGCCGGGCUCCGACCUCUCUUGGCACGGGGCAAGCCGACACAUCUCCCGCUGAUCAGUACUAAGACUCCUGUUGAUCACCACCUCCGACCGAAUGUUCUUUCCACUUGCCCGUAUCACUAUCUCGAAAACUCUCCACGCCUCAGCUCACGGAUAAUGAAGCGUAUCUCCAGACCCCUGGGCAAGCGUCAGGUUUCGAUAUGUCUUUUUCGAAAAGCCAAGAGCCAAGCGCUUCCAAGAUCAAUAGUCAUGGAGACACAGCCAACAUCUCCCCAGCUGCCGAGCUGCGACACAAGAUCGACCCGUAACGACGACUCAGACGGAAAACCGCAUCGUGAAAGCCAAGUCGGGGAACAUGGUCUGCUGACACCUGUCUUUGAUCUGUCAACACCCUCCUCGUCGAGGUCGAGCACGGUGGUGGAGGACGUCCAUAACGCAUCACAACCCCCGGCUCGGGAUUUGAGACACGCGGCGAAGCGACAGCUUGACAGGUUUACAUCCAUAUUCUCUCGGAAGGACAGCCACAUCACCAACGCGCCGGCGAAGAGCUCAGAGACAGAUCUGUCUGAUGACGAAAAGCCGAGGCAACCGACAGAUCAGAAACAACAGGAUGGUCCCUCAGAACCGCCUUACCAUGUCUUUACGACACAAAAGAAAUGGGAACUGGUCUACAUUGUCUCCCUGGCAGGGCUAUUCUCGCCACUGUCAAGCAACAUCUACUUCCCCGCCCUAGGAGAUAUCGCCGAGGGCGUGGCACCAUCUUUCUGGGGGCCGCUGAGUGACACCCGAGGGCGGAGAAUUACUUUCAUUGGUACUUUUGUUGUCUAUCUGGUCGCCAAUAUUGCUCUGGUAUUCAGCGAUGAGUUCGAAAUGUUGAUGGUGUUCCGGGCCAUUCAGGCCGCCGGAAGUGCAGCUACCAUCUCGGUUGUGGCAGGUGCUGGUGUGAUUGGCGAUAUCACCACGGCAAAAGAACGCGGCGGGUUCAUGGGGAGUUUCGGCGGCAUCCGCAUGUUGGGCCAAGCCGUUGGGCCUGUCAUCGGUGGGAUUGUCACGCAGUUCUUCGGAUUCCACGCCAUCUUCUGGCUUCUCUUCAUCCUCGGCUCCAUCGCUCUCAUUCUCAUCGUCCUGUUCCUUCCCGAAACGCUUCGCCGCAUCGCCGGCAACGGGAGUGUGCCACUCGAGGGACUCAACCGCCCCAUCAUCUACCAACCCCUGAAACAGUACUGGGAGGACAAACCACACACGGAGCACGCGUCACAAGAAGACCCCCCUCGCGUCACGCUCGGCUCCAUCCUCUCCCCCCUCCGCUUCCUCUUCGAAAAGGACGUCUUCUGCACGCUCCUCUUCGGCGCCGUCGUCUACACCAUCUGGAGCACGGUAACCUCCUCCACCACCGCGCUCUUCCAGUCCCGCUACGGCCUCAGCGACCUCGAAGUCGGCCUGGCCUUCCUGCCCAACGGCGCGGGCUGCAUCGCGGGGUCCUGCAUCACGGGGCGGAUUCUCGACCGCGACUACAGCAUCGUGGAAGCGCAGUACCGCGCGGUGCGGGGCCUCCCCGCCGACGCCGAGGUGGGCGGCAAGAAGACGGGCGAUUUCCCCGUCUCGCGGGCGCGGCUGCGCUCGGCGUGGUACCAGGUAGUGCUGUUCGUGCUGGCGGUUGGAGGGUACGGGUUCUCCGUCGACAGCCCCCUGCUGGAGUCGGUCGAGGGCAUGGCUGUGCCGCUGGUGCUGCAGUUCGUCAUUGCCUUCACAGCCACGGGGCUGUUUACCCAGAAUAGUGCGCUCAUGGUGGAUUUGUACCCCGGGGCGAGCGCCAGCGCGACGGCGGUGAAUAACCUGAUCCGCUGUGCGCUGGGCGCGGCGGGGGUGGCGGCGGUGCAGUUUAUCAUUGAUGGGAUUGGGGAGGUGAUUACAUUUCUCGCGUUUGCCGGGCUGACGAUCGGGCUUACGCCGCUGUUGUGGCUUGUGUGGGUGUAUGGGGACCAGUGGCGGAUGGCGAGGGUCGAGAGGCUCAAGAGGGAGGAGAUGGAGGCGAAAUGUGCUGAUGGGGGUGAGGACGGUAAAGACGGCGGGAUGCAAUAA